AUGCCUAGAGUUACCCAGUCGCCACAACGAUUUGUACUGCUCACGUCGCUGACAUUGCGCAUUAGUGGCAAAUCUGAUUCUGUCCGGCCGUUCAUUGAUUGGCAGACGAACCUGCAAUGGAUCAAACAACCACCACCUGAAUAUGCAGAAAAGAUUCACUCUCCGUACGGCUUCUGGCCCGAGUUCGAGCGCAUCUACAGCAAGGCCCAAAAUGAGACCGCAAACAGCACGCACACCAACGAAUAUGAAUUUGGCUUCGAUCUUUUCUAUGCAUUCCAGCGGGGUCAUGAUGGUCACUUUAUCGUCGUGCCGGACAGCCUAGGGAUAUUCUCUUAUGGCUGCACUACACCUUUGGUGUCCGUCUCUGUGGAUGGCUCCUGCAUUCCGGAAGUAUAUGUAUAUCAAGACCUGCUAGAUACGGUCGUUAGCAACGCCACAUAUACGCCAAGCCCACUGGCCUUGAUCGAUGGAAGGAACAGCACCGAGUUCUUGCUGGGAUGGUCGCACUGGGGUGGUACUCAAGAUCGGGACGCUUUGUGGAACAAUCUGUUCUAUCUAUUGUCGCACGUCUCUCUUGGCCAAGACGGAUCUGGACGUGGCGUAUUCGCUGGAGGCGGCAGAGCUCGCCGGAUUUAUCCCGGUCCUAGUACGACACUGACCUUCGCGAACGGCACAGAGGUCACCAACGAGAACUUCGCUAGAGUCCUCAUGCCCUUUGACAACAUUACCAGUGGUACAGACAUUUACACGGAAUUCCUUACUCCACCCCCAGAUGCACCUUGGUCAGCAGAAAAGUAUGCCACGUACGUCGAGUCGUCUACAACAUCUUCUGCCUCGUCCUCGACAUCUACUUCUAGCAGUUCGACCACUAUUUCCACCACCAUACCAUUUCCAGGCUACCCUACACCCUUUGUACGUCAUAUGCAUAACGUCAACAGCGGCUACUUCCUCGAAGACGAAGGCUACGACGACAUCGCCGUUCUCAGCGUGCCAGACUUCGUCGGCGGUGAUGAUGAGGAUGAUCUGCCCUUCCAAGCCGUCAACUCUUACCUCACCAACGAAGCUGUGGCUCGCAACAAGACUAAACUUAUCAUCGACCUCUCGGCAAACGCAGGCGGCACAGUCUUGCAAGGCAUAGAUCUCUUCAAACAACUAUUCCCCUUCCUCGAACCCUACCAAGCAGAUCGCUUCACCGCGCACGAAGCAGUCAACUACAUCGGUGAAGAAAUCAGCCAUCUUUCCGGCUUGGUAGGCAACAGGAGUCUCGACCUCGAUGAUACCGUGGAAAGCCUCGUGCUAUCCUUCUUCAACUAUCGCUCAGAUGUCGACAUCAAUCACGAGAACUUUACCUCUUGGCCUGACAAGUUCGGACCAGUGGCUCUGGGACCCGAGCUCAAGAACUUCACGCAAGUAACGAGAUGGAACCUCUCCGAUCCCGGGCUACCGGCGUAUUCGGGAGGGAUCAUUGUUUCUGGCUAUCAGAAUCACACGAACUUUACUCGCACACCUUUCAAACCGGAAGAUAUCGUGAUCGUCACGGACGGGUACUGUGCCUCUACCUGUACAAUCUUUGCUGAGCUCAUGCGUCACCAAGGUGGCGUGCGAACUAUCGUUCUAGGUGGCCGACCUAAUGCUGAUAUCGCACAAGCUGUCGGAGGCACUAAAGGAACGAACUCGAACAAAUGGUCCAACAUCUUCUAUUUUACGCAGAUCCCGUUCGAGUAUCAGUACAUCCACAACAACUCCUUCUACGAGACAACAGCCCUUGGCAGGUACAACGAUCUAGCACUUUACCGCUCCGUCGCCGCUGUUGUUAACGCCCGGUAUGGUUUCCGACAAGGCGACGAGGAAGGUCCUCCGUUACAGUUCAAGUAUGAACCCGCAGACUGCAGAAUAUACUAUACGCCGGAGAUGGCGGUGAGUAUGGUGGCGGUUUGGAAGACGGUGGCGGAUAGUGCGUUCAGAGGGGUGAAUCAUUGUGUUGCGGGGAGUUUGGAGAGUAAAGGUGCUGGGUACAUUGGGCCGAGGGACGAGGGAACGGGAAUGAAGCAGAGGGUCAAGAGGGGAGUGGGAGAACAGGACCAUAGGCACAGGCUAAGAACAGAGGUGCGAGAGGUGGAAAUUGAGCACGUGGUCAGAAGGGAGGCAGGUAAAAGAGAGCGUAAGCAUGUAGUAAGUUACCGAAUGUCUAGGCUAAUCGGAAGGGUAUGA